UUAAAUAUAUAUAGAACCAUGGCAACACCUAUGGUAACGAAUUCUUCAAAGAGACAUAAGAAUAGAAUAUUGAGAAACAAGGCCAGAAUAUACUGCGAUGUAAACUAUAACAAACCAAAGGACUACUGGAACUAUGAAGCACUCAAUGUAGAAUGGGGAUCACAAGAUGACUUUGAAGUAGUUAGAAAGAUUGGACGUGGAAAGUACUCAGAGGUGUUCGAGGGUGCACAUGCAAAGACUAAUGAGAAGUGCGUUAUUAAGGUGUUGAAGCCUGUGAAGAAGAAGAAGAUCAAGAGAGAGAUUAAGAUCUUGCAGAACUUGUGUGGAGGACCGAAUAUCAUCACGCUGUUGGACGUGGUGCGCGAUCCCCAGUCAAAGACACCGUCUUUGAUCUUUGAAUACAUCAACAACACCGACUUUAAGCAUCUGGCGCCCACGCUCACCGACUUUGACGUGCGCUUCUACAUCCUGGAGCUGCUGCGCGCACUCGAUUUCUGCCACUCCAAUGGCGUCAUGCACAGAGACGUCAAGCCGAGCAACGUCAUGGUCGAUCAUCAGAAGCGCAAGCUCUACCUCAUCGACUGGGGUCUGGCCGAGUUCUACCACCCCAACCAGGACUACAACGUUCGUGUUGCCUCGCGUCCCUACAAGGGACCAGAGCUCCUCGUCGACAUGGAGGACUACGAUUAUAGUUUAGAUAUGUGGAGUCUUGGAUGUAUGUUUGCUGGAAUCCUGUUUGGACGCGACCCAUUCUUCCACGGACAUGACAACAUCGAUCAAUUGGUCAAGAUCGUCAAGAUAUUAGGUACAGAGGAGUUCUAUCGUUACCUUGAUAAAUAUGGAAUCGUCAUCGAUAACUCUCUUCAGAACAUCCUCGGCAAACAUCCAAAGAAGCCUUGGGCAAGAUUCGUUACAAGCGAUAACCAGAGCCUGGCUGUUCCAGAGGCAAUUGAUUUCUUGGACAAGUUACUGCGCUACGAUCCAGCUGAGAGACUGACGACAAAGGAGGCCAUGGAACAUCCAUAUUUCAAACUUUUG